CUUGUUUUUGCCAUCAAAACCAAAACAAACAAAAUGUCUCUCACCUACUUGCUAGUGCUGCUCUUUGGAGCAGUGCUUCUCCCCACUCCUUCUCUCGCCGAUUUUGGUUUCGAGUUUACCUUUGAGAAGCCACCCAUUUACAAGCCUCCCAUUAAGAAGCCACCCAUUUACAAGCCCCCAUUUGAGAAACCUCCUAUUUACAAGCCCCCCAUUGAGAAGCCACCCAUUUACAAGCCCCCAUUUGAGAAACCUCCUAUUUACAAGCCCCCCAUAGAGAAGCCACCCAUUUACAAGCCCCCCAUAGAGAAGCCUCCCAUUUACAAGCCCCCCUUUGAGAAACCUCCUAUUUACAAGCCCCCCAUAGAGAAGCCUCCUAUCUACAAGCCUCCUAUUGAGAAGCCACCCAUUUACAAGCCUCCCAUUGAGAAGCCUCCUAUCUACAAACCCCCGAUUGAGAAGCCACCAAUCUAUAAGCCCCCCAUCGAGAAGCCACCAAUUUACAAGCCACCAGUCUACAAGCCCCCGAUCGAGAAGCCACCAAUCUACAAGCCCCCAAUCGAGAAGCCACCAAUCUACAAGCCUCCCUUUGAGAAGCCACCAAUCCACAAGCCUCCCUUUGAGAAGCCACCAAUCCACAAGCCUCCCUUUGAGAAGCCACCAAUCCACAAGCCUCCCUUUGAGAAGCCACCAAUCUACAAGCCUCCAAUUUUCUAUAAGCCUCCCUUCGAGAAGCCACCUAUUUACAAACCUCCCAUUGAGAAGCCACCAAUUUACAAGCCCCCGAAGAUUGAAAAGCCACCAGUUUACAAGCCUCCAAAGAUUGAGAAGCCACCCUUUCACAAACAUCCAAAGAUUGAGAAGCCACCAAUUCACCUACCUCCCAAGAUUGAGAAGCCGUUCCCAAAACACAAACCCUACAAGCCCCCAUCAACUUAUCCACACAACUGAUUAGUGCUAUGAAAACAGAUAGGCAACAACUAGGAAUAAGAGCUCUUGCAGUUCCAGACUCAUGUUAUGCUUUCGUGUUGAAUUAUCAGUUGUGCCUUGCUUCUUCGCGUGUACUUAGAUUAUCUGCUGGUUAGCUAUAUAUACUGAAUUCUCCAAUGUACAUCGAAUGUACGUAAAAGGCAGUGAUCUAGCUUCAUGCAAUGCUACAUAUAAUAUAUUUCCUCUUGAUUA